UCAAGAAAAAUAACGACAUUAAUAAUAAAAAGCAUUUUAAUAUAGUAAUUUGAAAUGAUCAGCGGAGUGGUCGCAUUUGCGCAUAUGCAUUGAGGUAAAUCCACCAUUGCGACUAAUCUAACAUGGCCGCAUGUUAGUUAAAAAAAUUUCUUUAUUGUUUGCCAACGUAUGUUAAAGAUUUAGUAGUGGUGUUUGGUAGGGAAGUACACGAACGAAUUAAAUAAUAAAAUAAGGAAUAUUGCGAACCAGCGAAAAUUUUAAGUUGUACCGGUGCUGUACUCCCUUAAAUAGAGAAUUGUCAAAAGUCAGAAGUAAAAAGGUUGUUUAUUGAAUUGGAACAAUGCUACAAGAGCAUCAUCAUUUAAGCCAAAACGGCAUGCAAAGAAAUACACGAAUGGGGAUGCAACAAAUGGGGCCUCCUCCAAACCAAAGAACCCCCAUGUUAAUGAGUAUGCCAGCCACUGGCGUUUUGGUGUCGAUUCCGCCAGGCCAAACAUUGAUAUCGACAGCCACUAUUCCUCAACAGCAACCACAGCCAAAACCGAACGUUCAACAAGUAUAUCAUCAUUACGAAAGCACCGGCCCUACAGAAGCUGACAUGCAUCCCGAUCAGCUGCAGAAUUGUCCAAACACUAAUACUGGGUCUAUGCCCAAUUCAACUUUGGCAAACAUAAAAGAAAAAACACCAAUGUGCUUGGUUAACGAGUUAGCCAGAUACAACAAAAUUCAACAUCAAUACCGGCUAACCGGCGAGCAGGGUCCCGCACACAAGAAAAUCUUCACCGUCACUUUGAAACUGGGUAACGAGGAAUACGAAGCCGAAGGGCCGAGCAUCAAGAAAGCACAACACUUGGCCGCCGCCCAGGCGCUGGCCAAGACCGAGUUCAAGCACCCGCCGCCAAAAACCAUCCGAAACCGACCAGGUACUCGAACUGCCAACCCCGGAGUGGUCACCCCCACCGUCGAACUCAACGCUCUCGCCAUGAAAAGAGGCGAGAGAACCGUCUACAUAUUGGAAACUGCAGCUCCACCACACCACAACCAGGGUUACCUAUCUCAGCCGGGCUACUACCCGCGGCACAACAUCUACGGUGCGCAGUCGCAGCCCCGUUACGGUUUCGAUUCGCGCAGGAGCGUGCGCGGCGGCGGUCACUAUCCGUACCACGACAACCGUUUCUACGGUCAGUACAGACCGGGCGGCCCGCACACUCCCGGCGAUCCAUACACAGUGCGAUUAAGAGUGGGGGAGAGGGAGUAUCCGGGACAGGGGUACACCGUGCAGGCGGCCCGCCAUGACGCCGCCGCCAAAGCCAUCGAGCACAUCAAACAGUUGGGCGGCAUCGACGACAGCGAGCUCUCGCUGUCUCCGACCGAGAACGGCCAGAUUCAGAUUGCCGGAGAGAUUCAGCAGCAGCCUCAGCUGUGCACCGGGGGCGGCAACGGCGGCGGCAGCAUCAGCAGCGACAUCAAUUCCGAUCUCAAGUCGCCGAUAUCGCUAGUCUACGAAAUAGCUUUAAAACGUAAUCUGAACGUGACGUUCGAGGUGCUUAGCGAAAAAGGUCCGCCGCACAUGAAGGUGUUCAUCACUCAAUGCCGAGUCGGCAAUUUUGCCGCCGAAGGCGAGGGCAAUGGCAAGAAGAUUUCGAAGAAGCGCGCAGCCGAAAAGAUGCUUGAAGAGCUGUCGAAGCUGCCCGCUCUACCGAACAUGACGAAUAUCGCACAGCUGAAGAGAAAACGCGUUCCGAACAAGAAGAAGACCAGGAACUUGAUCAAGGUGAACAUGGACAAAGCCGCCGAAAUCACCGAAGAGAUCAACCCGAUAUCGCGUCUCAUUCAGAUUCAGCAAGCCAACAAAGAAAGAGAACCCACAUAUACAGUAUUAGAGGAGAGAGGCGCACCCAGACGGCGAGAAUUUGUCAUUGAAGCCUCCGUCAAUGGGCAUUCCUGCACAGGUGUUGGACCCAACAAAAAAGUGGCCAAAAGGAAUGCCGCAGAAGCUUUGCUAGCGGAUUUGGGAUACUCAAACGGAGCGUCCGCCAACGGAACUCCAAAAUCAUCCGCCAAACUCGACGAGAAAAAUGGCGACGGCAACGGCGACAAGAACAGAAAAGUCACGUUCGUCGAGGAGAAGCAGGAAAACCAACCGAAUCAGUCGGUCGGCGGAAGCGGGGGCCGCCAACUGGUGCCGGGAGUUCUCCUCGUCACCGAGCAAAACGCCGGCUUUCAAAAAUCCAAAGAGGCCGGCGGCGCGGAUAAGGCGCCCGCCGCCGCGCAGCUGAAGGCUCCCGUGCAGCCGAUCCAAGGCGUCCGCUCCAAGGACAAGCUCAUGUAUCUGGCGCAGCUGAUGAACAUCCAAGUUCAAUUCUCCGAUUUUCCCAAGGCGAACCACGAAAUGUACUUGACGUUGGUCUCCUUGAGCACCAAUCCGCCGCAGGUGUGCCACGGCGAGGGACCCACCACGGAGGCUUCGCACGAAAAGGCCGCCCUCGAGGCCCUCAAGGUUCUAUCCGAACUGGGCCUCGACAUUGUGCCCGCUCCCAGCAAGGACGGAGCUUCUUCCUCGCCUUCAGGAGAAAGUACAUCUCCAGUAACUCCGGCAAAAUCUGGAGUGAACGGUGUGAAGAAGUAAACUAUGAACUCCUCGUUGGCUGUAUCAAUGAACAAUAGAAUUUUAGACGCGUCUGGUACGUCCUUUCAUUGAUACAGAAAAAAUGUUACGAGUUCCAUGUGGCCAUGUAACAAUUGCGUAAUUAAAAAAAAACUAAAACUAAUAAAUAACUAAGAAUUAUUGUUAUCCCCUUUUUAUGUGAUUUCAUUAACAUAUAUUUGAUGUUAUAUGAAAUGAUUUCAUGUAUAUAUGUAAUUCUGGUUAUUGCUUGCACUGUAUGUAAAUCAGUGCUACCCGUUUUCGUUUUCGUGGGCAGAAAACGAAUUCGGGUUACAGUAGUUCAGAAUUGAUUUACAAAAUUUGAAUUUUAACUUAUUGUUGUUUUUCAAUAUUUUUAUGGCUAGUGUGCUGACCGUUUUCUGACAUGAAAUGCACUAUAAAAUUUCGUACUAUUGAACAAAUUUACCUAAAUGUUGACCAGGAAAAAUGACAAAACUUUUCCAGUUGUUAAUGACUGAUGUUUCAUACAAUCCGGACUUCAAAUACAAAGUAUUUUGUAAAACAAAGGCUUACAUAUUGUAUGGAUUAAUCUAGUCUUAUUUAUCAGUCUCUAGAAUUUUAAAGAUGUUUAUUGUCAGGGAAUGACCCCCAUAGUUGUCUAUCUAGAUGCGAUGCAAUUCUGACCUGCUGAUUAUUUCACCCGUUGUUUGUAGAUUGAUUUCACCAUUCUGGGGGCAUUAGAAAAAACAUAUUUUAAUUUCAUGUUACAUGCAUUUUUCUCUAAUAUAACUCUCGUUUUUCUUCUUCAUUGUAAAAGCAUUUUUUUAUUUUAAUGUAGAUAUUAUAACUUAAACAUUUUUUAUAUAUGUGUAUGUUCGCCUCGUUCGAAUUUGAAAUCAAUAAACAUUAUCACAUAAUUU